ACAGAAGAUAUUUUUCAACUACAGUAAUCAACUAGUUCAUGCUAAUCUACAAAUUUCUCCUUCAAGCCAGAUUCUCUAAAUAAUAUUUCCAGUAUGACUGAUAUUUUUGAACGCCUUGAAUCCAAUGACAAAGAAACAGUGGAAGAUGCAAAACAGACUAUCAGAGAACAAUUUACAAAAGUCAAUGAACCAUGGUUAUUGCAUGGUUUAUAUGAAUAUUACCUGACUACCAGUUCGGACCGUGCUAUGGAGAUACUGGUCAACAUCAAGGAACCUCACCAUGUAUACCUUUUCGAUAGAUUGUCUGAUUCCAUGAAAUUACCGAAAGUUGAAACUAAAGUUCAGGCACUUACACUUUUUGGUUAUGUUGCUCGCCGGCAACCAACUUGGUUAUACAAACUUCAAGAACACAAUCUCCUGAAGGAUUUGCUGAAAUUACUCAAGAAUGAAGUAGAACUUCUACCAUUGAUAAGUGCUCUUCUUGUUCUUAUUGUGUUAUUACCGAUGAUCCCCUCUGCCAUGGGUAGCUAUUUGAAGGAAAUAUUUGAAAUUUUCAGCCGGUUAGCAUCUUGGAAUUGUAAUCCCGUUGAAGACCAGCUGAUCCAUUUACAGGUUGCCUUAUAUGCCUUGUUCUUGAGGUUGUAUGGAAUGUAUCCUUGUAAUUUUCUAGGAUAUUUGAGGAAUCAAUACAGGGAAAAGAAUACGCCAGUGUUCGUUCACACCAUAAAGCCAAUGUUGGAUACUGUUAGAAUGCAUCCCUCUCUUGUAACAGCUUCAGAAGAUAACGAAACUACAACAGAAAGGUGGAAGAAAAUGGGUGUCCACGAUGUAAUCGUGGAAUGUGAGAGAUUCAGCUUGGAUUUAACAGAUAGAUGCCCCCAUGAUUCUUGUCAAUACACGUCUGGAUUCAGAUCUCGGUCAGGAACGUCCAAUUCGACUAUGGAAUCCCAUCACCGUCAGAAUCUGAAGAACAUAGCAUCUUUACAAAUGCCCAAUACUGAACCCACAAACUUUUUUUCGCCUAGUAGAAUGUUCACUGUCCCUACGCCGCCUAUUUCUGAGAGUCUGCCUACCAAUAUCCUUCAAGCACAGGGGAUAUCUUCAAACUUUCCUUCUCAAGAAGGCACUUCACCACCUGAAGCAGCUAUAGAGGCAACACCAGAAACUACUCCUGUGAGGGGUUAUCGAGCCAUUCCCGCCAGAUCUCAACCGUUGAACUCUAACAUAGUGAGGGCCUUGACGACCUUCAAUACGAAACCGAGGCCGUCCGGGUCUUUGUCUUCCACGCCCACCCAUUCGCAACCGUCUUCGCCGAUGCGUAAAGACUUUUCCUCGUCGGCUUUCAGUUACUCCUCCGAACACAAGGCGGGGUACGGUUUCGGUGGCGCGAAGCCAGAGACUCGCACUAAUCAGAAAAUUAACAAAUUGAUAUUAGACAGGGCACAGAUUGUUGAUGUGUCUUCCAGCACUGAAUCUUCUAGAUACAAAAACCUACCACAACCAUCUAGUCCAUUACGUAUUAUAAGUAGUGAAACAGUGUCGAGACAGUUUAAUUCAAGCCAAAGAAACGAAUCUCCAGCUAGUCAAGAAGAUGAAGAAGUCCUAUCGAUUGUUAGCAGAAAUGAUUUAGCAAAACCAUUGGAUAGUGAUCCACCAUCACAAGAAUGUGAUUCUUGCUCCGAUGAUAAGCUGGGAGAGGAACAGGAACACGGUUCACCCUGUACGGCAGGUGGCCUCCACAUGCCGAAUUCCAAAUCGAUUAACAACUUUGCUAAGCGCGUCCAGCGAUUGCGGCAUCAUAGUCAGUGCGAUCCCAAGCCAGAAAAAAUAGAAACUUCUACUGGUAGCAGUCCAGGAAAUGGUAUUCCUUUCCCAAAUAGUACAACGGUGAGACGAGCUGUUUCAUGUCCAGAAAUGAAAAAAAGCGUCGUCAUCCAACCUAAAGAUAACAUCGAGAGACCUUUGAAUGAAAGUGAUGAAGAAGUAUCUCCAGAAAAAGUCGAUGAAUCCGUCAAUAAAGUAAAUGGAUUUGCAAUAUCCGAAGAGAAUCCGAAGAAAUCGGUCAGCUCAUCGACAACGCAGACUGAAAAUUUUUGGCCCUACGAACAUUUGUUCCUGGGAGUUUUUCCGUCAUUGGAAAACAGCGAGAUCAAAGCAAGUCCCGAGGCUAGUCCGGCACCUUUCAAUAUACCUGAAGAGAAGAUUUUUCCUGCUACUAUCUACGAUACUCUGGAUAAAUAUAUCGAAUCGGCAGUACAUUCGGCUGACUGGAAAAAUUCUCAACAUCUCAAAGACCAGUUGCAGUUAGUUCACCAACAGCUCUUGUUCGAGAGACACAGAAGAGAAACUCACGCGUACAGGAAUCGUCGCCUGCUUUCAGAUGCUAAGAGCACUAGAUCGUUGGAAGAACACAAUUCGGCUUUGAGAGACACUGUGCAGCUUCAACAAAGAGAUCUUGAAGAUUUGAGAGAUCAGCUAGAAUACUAUAAAAGGGAAAGAAUGCAAGAGGAUAAGAAAUUGAACAAAACCAUACAGUAUUGGGAGAACCAGUGCAAGGAGAUACAAGAAGAAUUGAAGUCUAUGAAAGAAACCAACGAGAAUAUGUUGAAAGACUUGAAUGACGCGAAAAGCAGAUGUGCCAUGUCUGAUAGUAAACUUCUGGAAGCUCAGGCGGAGUUAUUAAAUGCUAUCGCAGAAGUAAAUAUAGCGAGGCAGCAAGCAUCAGCGGGCGAAAAAGGAAGGAAGGAAUUAGAGCAAGUCAAUAAAGAACUUCUUUUGAUAGGCGAACUUCACCUUAAGUAUCAAGAGAAAUUGGACAGUGUUUAUGCAAACAAGAGGAGUGAUAAAGAGUUGGAGGAAUUGAAAAGCACAUAUGAAGAGGAGCUCAAAGGGCUGAAUCAGCAGCUGGAGGCCAAAUUAGGGAAUCUGGAGGCCUAUAGAAAUAGGGUUGUGGAAUUGGAGCAUACAUUGAUAUCAAAGGAGGAUCUGAUUUUAACACAAAAACAAUCACUAGCUCUGAUAAAUGAGCAACGAUUUGUUAAACUCGAGGCGGUGGAAAGCAAAUACCAGACGCAACUGACCAUCAACCGAGGGCUCGAAGAGAAGCUCCUGGACCUGUGGCAGCGGCUCGAAGCGGAGCGGGGCAAGCGACCGGCACAUUCGCCGGACACCAGCAGCUGCCACGAGGUGAACGUCACGACGACGGCGGGUCUUAGCCCGCAUUCGUCACCGCUGUCGGCCUCGCUGGCCUCGUCGGAGGGCAGCAGCGCGUUUCACGAGAGGGAGGUGAAGAAUUUGCAGGCAAUAGUGGACCAAAAAGAAACUACUAGGGUGGAGUUUGACGAUCCAGGUAGAUCGUAUACAGAAGGUGAGGGACGCCACAAUUCCACCACGUAAAAUGACUGAUUAUCUAUCGUGUAUUUUUUAAUCACCGAAAAUAUUCUUUUAAGUCAUUAUGAUAUUCUGUUCGGCUUCGACUAGAGAUUAUCAAUAUACAUUUUAUACAUGUCAAAAGUGAGGAUAAUGUGUUAUCAGUUUAUUAUUCAUCGAAAUAUUGAUUGUUGUAUUUUCUAUAACGUUGGCUUUAUUUGUAAGUUGAAAAGUUGAUGCUCCUCAGACCAAAUGUUGAAGAGUUUGAUGGAAUUUGUGAUCAUGUAACAAAAUAUCUGUUUAUUGUUAUGGCUGAAUCUGUUGUAUUGAUUUGAUUAUGGAAAUGAUUUUUAUUAAAUGUAUAUACAUAUU